AUGAAUUAAAAUUAAGUUCUAAGUCGGCUUUCUUGCAAGGAGAUUAAUGAUUACAGUUUUGUUAAAAUGCUAGGAACAGGAUCUUAUAGUGAAGUAUUUUGGGGAAAGAACAAAAGAAAUGGAGAAGAAACUGCAAUCAAAGUAAUAGAUAAGGUUUUUUUAACAAAAGUAAUAAUAAAUGUAAAUCUGAAGCAAAAUAAAAGUCAUCUAAUCUAUUUAGAAUCUAAUGCUUUAAUGUCUAUAAAUCAUCCUGGGGUUAUAAAAUGUUAUGCUACAUAUGAAUCUAAUACAAAAUUGUAUCUCUCUUUAGAAUUGAUGAAUUGUGGUACAUUCAGAAAUUUCAUCAAAGGUAUUUGAUAACUAAUUAAAAUUAGGUAAAUAACUAACAAAAAAAGAGAUUUAAUUUUAUGCUGCUUAAUUAGUUGUCAUCUUGGAGUAAGUUCAUAAGAAAGGAAUUGUUCAUAGAGAUAUUAAAGUAUCAUAAAAUAUUAUACCUAAGCCUGAGAACUUAAUGAUUACAGAAGAUAAAUUCUUAAAAUUAAUUGAUUUUGGAACUAUUUUACUAUUUAAAGGAAAGGAUGUUACUAAAGAAGAAUCUGAUAUAAAAUUUUGUAGAAAAUCAAGUUUUUGUGGAACUGGAGAAUACUUGUCUCCAGAGUUACUUGAUAAGAAUAGUUGUGGUCCAUAAUCUGAUUUAUGGGCGCUUGGAGUAAUGAUUUAUGAAUUAUUUACUGGAAACACUCCUUUUCAAAAUGACAUUGAAUAUAUUAUGUUUUAAAACAUUACCGAUCUAGAACCAAACUAUGAUUUAAUAAAGGAUCAAAAUGCUAUCGAUUUUAUAUAAAUGUUAUUAACCAAAGAUGCUGGUAGAAGAUUAAUUGAUGCUAUUGAAAAUAAUUGUGACUAUUCAAUUUUAAAAAAACAUCCUUUUUUAUCUAGUGUUAAUUUUGAAUCCUUGUGGUAGAAAUAACAAUAAAUCAACGAAUAGCCUAAAAUUGAAAGAAAAAAUGUAUAAUUAUUUUUAUUUUUUAUGAUAGUAUCUUAGAGCUAAAACUACCUUAGUUAAUGAUGGUGUAUCUUUGAUUUUAAGUGGUAUAGUUGAUAAACAUUCAGGUGUGCUCAUGUUUGGAUAAUAUACUCCAAGAACUAUGUAGCUAAUUUAAAAAAAAUUCUAAUAAGAACUUUUUUAUUAUAAUCCAUAUAAAAAGAAAAAUGUAUGCUUUAUAUUAUAUUUUAGCAUUAAAUCUAAUUGAAUGGUGCUAAAUGUAAAAUUGGAAAUGAUGGUGAAUUUAUCAUCAUAAGCAAUGAUAAAAAAUAUUACUUUAAAUAAAGAGAGCAUCCAGCUACAUAGUGGGUUGCCUUAAUUAAUAAUGCUAUCUCUUAUAACAAAUAAUUUUAAUAAUGA